AUGUCCCUCAAGUUGGGGUCCACACUGCACGAACACUCCGAUGUGUCCGCCUACUUUGGCCCCGCUGGCGGCAAUGAGGCGACGAGCGAGGUCUCUGGUGGUGCUGGCGUUGAAACCGCGUUUUUUCACUACGCUGAUGAGCGCGCAUCAGUUGCCAGCGCUGAACAAGGACGACUCUUUGACUUUGUCGACGCCUUCGGCGAUCCCAGUUCCAACCAUAACACCGAUGAUGCCCUGAACUCCUCCACCAGCCUCUCCGCUGGGGGUGAUGAUCAGCAUGUCAGCCGAGUUCUCGACGCCUUCCUGCCGACGUCUCCCAUCAGUACUUCCGCAACGGCUACGAAGGCUACAUUCGACCUGCCCUGCGAAGAGGAGGAUGAAGAUGAGCAGGGGGAGGAUGAAGAAGAUGAAGAGGAAGAGGAGGAAGAGGACGAGGACGAAGAGGAGGAGGAGGAGGACUACGAUCGCUGGGGUGCUACGCCGCGCACGGAAGAAAUGCGCAGUGUCACUGCCGCCUCUGCCCUCUCACCGCACUCGCACACCAUUGACAUGGACCAAAUGGAUGAAGAGGUUGACGAGGGCUUUCCCAGCAGUUCCGAACCGUGCGUUGCUUUUCCCUCUAAUCCCCUCACCCUCAUCUUCCAACUUCCGACUGAUAGCCUUCUAACCGCCAAUUUUCUUAUUGCAGAACCAUCAACAUCGGUCCAGCCUAUCAGGCUGAUCUGCCGGACUACACUAACGGUAAGUCAGCAGCCUUCUUACUCUCCUCUCCCCCCCCCCCCCCC